AUGGGUCCCGUCACCGGCCGUGGAAAGAGUCACUCCAAGACCGCAAAGUAUGCUAAAUCAACCAUCCGUAUGGGCCGUAUGCUCGACCAGAUCCACGACGAUAUCAACGAUCCGGACGCGAAGCUGAAGUUGGAUGAAAAGUUGGCUCAGGUCGAUGAGGAGUUGCCCGGCUUGGGACAGUAUUACUGUAAAGCUUGCGCAAAGUAUUUUGAGACGGAACAUGCCGACGUUGAGCACAGAAGAGGAAAGAACCACAAGAAAAGGGUCAAGUUGCUGAAGGAGACGCCUUACUCCCAGGCAGAGGCGGAGGCCGGUGUCGCGAUUGGA